GAGAAUCAUCAGGUUUAUUUGACAUUUGUCAUGUUUAUCAAUUGUAGGUGGAUCGGAUUUAAGUUAUUUGAAUAAUUCUACCUCGUUUUCUUUGUUAUUUUUCGUAGUUAGAGCUUUAUCUUAGUGUAGAGAAAUAGGAAAAUGUCUAAGCUGAACGAUAGAGCUCCUAGUCACCAAACCUACAAGUUAGUUAUAGUCGGAGGUGGUGGAGUUGGUAAAUCAGCUAUAACUUUGCAGUUUAUUCAGAGUUAUUUUGUGACUGAUUACGAUCCGACAAUAGAAGACUCGUACACUAAACAAUGCGUAAUCGACGAUAUCCCCGCGAAAUUGGACAUUUUGGAUACAGCAGGACAGGAAGAGUUCAGUGCAAUGAGGGAACAAUAUAUGAGAUCCGGAGAAGGGUUUUUACUGGUGUUUUCAGUGACUGAAAGGCCAAGUUUUGAUGAAAUAUUCAAAUUUCAUCGGCAAAUUUUAAGAGUCAAAGACAGAGACGAAUUUCCUAUGCUAAUGGUUGGAAAUAAGGUGGACUUAGAACAACAAAGAGUAGUGUGGCAGGAAGAAGCUCAACAAUUGGCGCGUAAUUUAAAAAUACCCUAUAUAGAAUGCAGUGCCAAAAUGCGUAUGAACGUUGAUAACGCCUUCUAUGAACUCGUAAGGGUAGUUAGAAAAUUCCAACUAUCAGAGAGACCGCCUUUAAAAACAAGCUACAUGAAAAGAGACAAGAAGAAGUGCUGUAUAAUAUAAUAAACCAAUAAAACUUAUAUGGAAAAAACCGGAAAUAUAUAGAGUAUUCCGUGGUAAAGUGUCAGAUAAGGAGGAACUCUGUUUCUCCAUAUUUUUGUAAAUUUUUAAUGUCAUAAACUCGAUAUUUGUGAUUUGUGGAAAAAUCAAAAAAGUAAUGGACUAUUUCUACAUAUCUGUGUAUUUUAAACAGUGUGCAAUAUUUCUUUUGUGCGAUAUUUUUUAAUAGUAACAAUUUUCUGUAUUAGACCAUAUUAUACCUAGACACCGUUUUUUCGUCGGACAUUUUGAAGCCAACAUAAAAUUUUACGUCAGUUUAGGGCAAAAAAUCGUUUAAUUAUAACAACAGUUUAUGAUGUUUAAUUUGUACGAUUUUUUUAAUAUGAACAUUUUCUGUAUUAGACCAUAAUAUAUGUAGACACCGUUUUUUGUCGCACAUCUUGAAGCGAACAUAAACUUUUGUGACGUUACUUCAGGGCGAAUAUAAUCAUUAAAUUUAGCGAUUUUUUUUAUUAGAAAUAUUUCUAGCAUGAAAACAUGUAAUACCUAGAUACUGUUUUGUCAGGGAAUCUUGAAGCCAGCAUAAAACUCUGUGACGUCACUGGAGGGCAAUUAGAUCAUCAUAUUUCUGUCUCUCUUGUUUAUUGAGUAAUAUUUUCUCUCUUAGAGUAUUUAAUGCAUAGAGACCUUUUUCCAUGGGACAUUAUGAAGCCAAGAUAAGGUUACAUGACGUCAUUCUAGGGCAAAAAUACUGGGAUCAGUUUAGUUUUAACUAAAAGUUUGCGUGUUUUGUGUAUUUAGCCAUGUUUUUGUUGGAAAGAAUUUUUUACAUUUUAUAUGUAAGAUUAUGUUAUGGCGAAUGACAUUGAUCGUUAUUUUUAAGGUAACUUGACGCCGUUUUUUUCACUGUUGUAUUUUUAACAUAUUUUUAACAUUUUUUUGCAUUAGACCAUGUAACACCUAGACUUUUGUUUUAUCGGACAUCAUGAAGCCAACAUCAAACUUUCAUGACGUCACACGGGGGCGAAAAUAAUACGAUUUGUCUAGACUUGACCAAAAAAAUGACAGAAAAUUCAAUUUGCGUGUGAAUUAAAAUGACAGACACGACUGUCACUGUUAGUAAUCCCCUCUUUGGAGAUAUAUUAUUAAGUUUUAUGUGAAUAACAAAAAAAUACAUGUCAUUCUUUUCUCAAAUCUUAUUGAUGGUUGUAUACAAGGGGUAUUUUGACUGGUAUGACAUAUUUAUGUUUUUUUCUAUUAAAUAAAAGCUGAAACAUCACAACACUAUGUUGGUUUCAAAUUGAAAAACUCAAGUGGGGUGUCUAGUUAUAUAAUAGUUUAUGUUCUACAUAUUUUUAUUCAAAAAUUGUGGAUUUUUUAAGUAUAUAUAGUUUUUUUAGUGAUUUUAUUUUAAUUCAGUAAAUUCUAUUUUUUUUAUUAGUUUAAAAAAUACAUUUUUUUGACAUUAAAUUGUGUCAAAACUACAAAAAACACGAAAUAAAGUGUAUUAUAUUUCUACAACGUUACAUCUAUGUGAUAUCCAGUGUAGCUGUUUGAAAAAACUGUACCUAUCGAUAUUUUUGCAUAAACUAUGUACAGGGUGACCCAAUAUUCUGAUAAUAAGUUUCACAUCAGGCGUUCCUAUUUCAUAUUUUCACUCACCAAGUUUUACAAAGCAAAGUUGUACUUUGAAAAUUAAAAAUAAGCUUGUUAUGGAGCUUAUUCCGAACAUUGGACCGCCCUGUAUAUUCUGUAGCUUUUUAUCUAGUAUAAUUAAUGAAGAAAACCUUAUGACGUGAAAUAUAGAGUGAGAACACCGUUUAAGGUUAUUUUUGUAUGAUAUAUAAACAAAUUAGCUUUAACUAUACAGGUUGUCCGGAAUUCGAAAGCGAAAACCUAUUACAGGUACGGUAAAAUGAGUGGAAUUAUAUUGGACGGACGGCCUGUAUAUUAUUUACACUCUGUUUUAAUUCUUUUGUAAAAAAAAUGUUUGUGUAAAUAGUUAUAUUCUGCUUUCUCAUUUACAAGUUCUUUACGAAAAACUAUAGAAGACUAUAAACAAUUACUUUUUCUGUUGUACAGUGUGUCUAUUUUUUUUGGACGUACUGUAUACUUUUAGCGAGAUAUUUUUUAAUCUCUUUUUUUUGUCAAUAUUUUUAAUUGUAUAAAUAUCUUUGGCUUGAUAUUAGUACAUUUAUUUAUGCAUCCAAAAAUAUAGAAAAAAAAUGUUAGAGCACCUUUUUUGAUUUACACAUGUUUAUAUUAUAUAUAUUUUAUGAUCACUGCCAGAGUUUAUAAAAGAAACGUUCUCUUUUUAUCUACAGGGUGAGUCUAAAAUAUUUCAGGUAAAUAUAGCUUGUGUUUAGUGAAUUUGAAAAGAAAAUAUCUGUAAACAAUUUUGUAAGGUUAUAUUAUUUUGUGAAACUAUUUCAGAAUAUUUUAUUUUCUAUGAAAAACACUCUGUAGGUAAAAAGAAAAAAAUGAGGCACUUUUUCAUUCACAUUCCGGGUGCCGAAGUAUCUUAUUAUAAAGAAAAUGAUAUUUUUUACUAAACGUUUAUUCGAAAAAUGUUAAGCAUAUUAUAUAUAGCCUAUGAUCGAAAAAAAAACGGCGCCAAAAACGGCUGGGCAAUGACAAUCGAUGAUAAUUUUGACGAAGGUUUCAAAGGUAUAUCUUUCAAUGAAAUUCACACAGCUUUAACAUGUUUCAGGUAUUAGGGUUUUAAGAUUUACUUCAACUUUUGUUAAAAUAUAUUUUGUUACACAACGGUAAAAUAACAUGAUAUUGGCAAUACAAAUAUUUAUUUACCCGUUAUUGAAAUUUUCAGUACGGGCCAAGUAAACGACAUCUAGGGCUUGACCUCGGCAAAAUUAUCAUCGAUUUUCAUCGCCCAGCCUUCUUUGAUGCCGUUUUUUUUUCCCGAUCGUAUGGUAGCUUUCGUUGUAAUGUAUUAACGUAAUGUUUUACUAAUAUAUUGUAUUGUUAAAAAUAUAUAUUUGAUUUUUUCAAGUAGAGCCUUACAUAAUAAUUUCAUUUUUAACAUCUAUAUGUAAUUUCGUUUUUAAAAAUACCAACAGUAAAAUUAACAAAGAAUAAAUAAUUUUAAUCAAUCUCAAAAAUGUAAUAUUCAUGUUCAGUGUUAAUAAAAUCAUUGUAAACUGCGAAUAUCGUCCGAUUGAAAAAAAACAGCGUCACGGUAACCAUAUUUUAAUCCUUUUCAUGUUUUUAAAGGUCAAUUUUUAAUUAAAGAUCAUUGAUUGUUAUUUAGACGGCUACUGCGACGUUCUUUUUUCUCACGAUCGAAUGAUCAUAAAAGCGUCACAAUUUCGACAAUAAAUUCAAAGAAAAUUUGUGGCAGCUGAUCAAAGUACAUCACAUUAAUGAGUAAUUAAUAUUAAAGUUUUUACAUAAUAAUUUUACAUGUCUUGGAUUGAUUUCUUUACAUAACUCUGUGUAAACAAUUACCUAGAAUCUAAUCGAGCUUUAAUAUAAAUAUACAGGGUGUCUCCUAAAUAAGUGCAAGUAAUAUUUUGCAAAAAACUAUUGAAUUUUUUUUAUAGUUUUCUUGAUAUUUUUUGGGAAAAUAAUAAAAAACUUUUCGGUAUAAAUAUGUCUCUUUUAUCUUGAUCUAGCAGCUCUUAUAAAAUAGUUACACUUAUUUAAGAGUUUCCCUGUAUAAUUUUACCUUCCUACAGGAGAAAUAAUGCUUUUUGAUUUGUUGUUCAUAUUUAUUAAUUAUUAACAAUUAAAUUUUGUAAAAUUUGUAACAUGCUGAGAGCUUUAAGUGUAAAGUUGUUGUAAUAUACAGGGUGUCCCAUUUAAAAAAAAA